CCGUGCGAACGAAACGCGGUUCGAUUUUUAAAUUUGAAUAAUCCUCGUUAACAUGGCGACUCGUACCAAAUCUCGACAGGCUAACACUUUUCGAAACCCCUUGUUGGAAGGGGUACGGUGGUCAGAAAAGUGUUCCAGUCGGUUAAGUUUAAUAUGGAGUAUUCUGCCUCAGUAUCUACGCAAUCUUAUUAUAAGUUCAGCUGUUCUGUUUUUUGCAUCAGCUAUCAAAGGUGAUUGGAUUAUUAUCGCUGUGCACUUGCUGAAACAACUUAACGGUGCAUCCACUAAUAAGGCGAAUGAAGCACAGCGAAUUGAUUCGGUGCACUCCAUCCUGGCGUCAUAUAAUCUACAUGGUUUGACGUACUUUUUGAUAGCGGCUGUUGUCGGCUCGUACUUAAUAUACUUUUCGAUUGGCGGCUUCAUUCACUGGUAUUUUUAUAUCAAGAGACGGGAUAAAGCUCACGAAUGGAAAUGCCAACCAGAAAAGUUUCUCUCUCCGGAAUUGGAGCUUCAUGAGAUCAUCGUUGGUGCUUCAUCGCUGCUCGUUGUAAGCUUAUUUUCUGGAAUCAUCGCAUGUUAUGCGAUGAAUAGCGGAAAAGGACUCACUAUCUACUACCGUUUUGAUGAAUAUGGAUGGUUUUGGUUCGUCGCGCAGAUUGGUGUUGUGUUUGUGUAUCAGGAUUACUCAACAUACUGGAUCCACCGAAUAUUUCAUUGGCCCUGGUUGUACAGGAAUUUCCACAAGCUGCAUCACACGUAUAAGCAACCGACGGCGUUCUCCGUUACGGCCAGUCAUCCGGUUGAGAUUAUUUUCACCCAACUUGUAAUGCUUGUUCCAAUUGUCACUGUUCCUGUUCACUGGGCACCGUUCUACGUCGUUGUGGUUUAUGCCUACUGUCAAGGGAUUUUGGGUCACUCCGGUGUUAAUUUCAAAUCCUUCUGGUGGCAACCAUGGCAGCCGGAUACUAUUUUCCAUGACAAUCAUCAUCAAUAUUUCCACGUGAAUUUUGGCUUCAACAUCUACUACUGGGAUAUUUUACACGGGACGUACCGCCUAAAGGACCGUGUCUAUUCGGAGGAUAUUUUCUAUGGUAUGGGAAAAGGACUCAGUGAGGUGCCAGCGGAGGUAUUGCUUUCGGAUGUUGUUGAGCGGAAUUUAGAGAAUCCACAGGCCUACCGGAAUAACGUUCAUCGAUACAAGCUGGAACAUCAGGAAUACGGUCAGUUCAUUGUGAACAAUAAAAUCAAAACAAAUUAGUCGCAAUCGAGCGUAAAGCAGCUUGCUGAUCAUCAACUAAUAAAACCUCAAAUGUGAACCUUUCUAGUGGACUGUAUCCGGUCAAACACGGUCCGUGUGUGCAUUAUUUAUAGAUUAGUACUGUGUCCAAUAACUCACUUCUUCACUGGAAUGUACGUGUUUUAGUUUCAACAGCGUUGUUCUAAUUUUUUCGCGAGUCUAAAUGUAUGUACCUAAUUAGAAGCUAUUAUCAAAAUUGCGUUCAAGCUGACUUAUACUUUUUGCCUUUCUCGUAUAAGAAAUAUAACACUACAUAUGCCAUUUUUUUAGACAAAGCGUGGAAGGUAUACUAUAUAUUAUAUUGCAUGUGUGUUAUAAUUGUCUGCGCCGAUGAAAAUUGUGAUUUCGUUCUUCUACUUCUGCAACUUAAGAAGGCUAAUCUGUAUCACUGCGCACAGGUGUUAGGAAUAAUUGUGAGAUUGUGAGUGCAACAAUAGAAAAUGUGAGCGCGCUUAUGUGUGUACUUAAAAUUUUGUUAAAAGCUCAUGUAGGGGAGAGAGGGUAACAGUGGAUCAGCAGGAACUAUGAAACAUUCGCAAUAAAAUCACAAUGCAUGAUCGCAAUCGUCUAAUUCCCUCAUAUUUCACAAUUUCUAAUUAUUUACAC